UAACAAUCAUCCAGCUCCCCACUUUUUUUUCUCUUGUACAAUUCCAAGCGACACUUUUACCUUCUUCCUCCAACUAUUUUCUCUCUCUAAAAUUAUCUCUCUUUCUCUCUCACACACACACACACACUCAAUAAUAAUAUCUCCUAUAUAGAGUUUCCCACUGUUGAUAUCCUCCUUUCAUUCCUCCAAUUCUUCUCUCUCUUCAGCAAAUAUAGCUAAGUUUUCCGAAGUCAUGGCUGAGGACCAACCCAAGAAGGUUAUCGAUGAGCCCGAGCCCUGCUCCGACCCUCCGCCGCCGCCACCACCGUCGGAUCCUCCGGCGGCGGAGCCGGUUGAGGAGAAAACCGUCAUCCCACCUCCCGCUGAAGAGAAGCCCGAUGACAGCAAGGCUAUUGUUGUUGUUGAAAAAUGCGAAGAAGUUGAGGAAAAGAAAGCAGAGGCCCCUCAUGAUAGAGACGUCGUGCUUGCUCGAGUAGCAACCGAAAAGAGAUUGUCUUUAAUUCAAGCAUGGGAAGAAAGCGAGAAGUCGAAAGCCGAGAACAAGGCACAGAAGAAAGUAUCUGCUGUAGCAGCAUGGGAGAACAGCAAGAAGGCUAAUAUAGAGGCUGAGCUUAAGAAAAUUGAGGAAAAAUUGGAGAAAAAGAAAGCAGAAUAUGUAGAGAAAAUGAAGAACAAGGUAGCUAUGGUGCACAAGGCGGCCGAAGAGAAACGAGCGAUGGUGGAAGCUAGACGCGGCGAAGAUCUUCUCAAGGCGGAGGAAAUCGCGGCGAAAUAUCGUGCAACCGGAACUGCACCGAAGAAAUUACUUGGCUUUUUCUGAAAAAAAUGAAAAGUCCUGAUUUUAAACUGAAGUUUGCAUUAUUGUUUUAACAUAUUUUUUAUUCCAUUUAGGACAUAUAUAUAUACAUCUAUUUGAUUUCAGAUUUGUGUUUUGUGUGGGUGAUUUGGUGUAAAAUUUGAUAUUUGUUUUGUGAGUCAGUCAGUAGUGUAUGUGUGCAUAGAAUGAUUGCUGUAUUUGUUUAUAGAUACACACCUCUGUAUGUAUUUGUGGAAACAAGAUAUUCAUGUUUGGAAAUUUGCAAGAUUUGAUUAAUUGCU